AUCUUUUUAUCUGCUUCACAUUCUCUACCUUUUUGCAAUCUUGAGCUAUCAUGGCAGAUGAAUUGUGCGAAAGGAUUGGUUUCGCUUGAGAAUGUACAUUCCACCUUAUGGGCCACAACCCUUUCAGGGUCCAGUUCCUCCCAGUCAUGGCGCCCCUCAAAUGCAACGUCCACCGUCGUUUGCUGGCGCCCGAAGGAUGCCAGUUGGACCGCCUCCACAUCAAAGACUAUGGUCAUCAGUGCCGAUGAGAGGUCAGCCACCCGGCCAGCUACCUCCAAGCAUGCCACCGCAGGUCCCGCCGCCAUUCGUAAAUCGGUCAACGACGUUUGCAGGGCCAUUACCUUCGCCACGGGACCACCCACGACGAUAUUCUAUACAUGGUCCUACGACAUAUUGCCCUGGUCUUAGCCGCAGAUCUACAUGUUUUGACACAAGACAUAACAAGAUAAACGAAGAAGAGCAAACGCGGAAAGCCCGAGGAGGUCACAGUUCAUCAAGCGGUAAGGAAAAGAGGGGAAAGGAACAAGCCGAAAAGUUUAAAGAAAAGCGACGCCGCGGCAGAAACAUAAACACACAAAAUUCGCCGCAAACGAAGCUGGAGGAGCGACCGAAAGAUGGGCCAACAAUGGUCAAUAUCACAAUCCUCCCAGAAGGUAAAACCGGACACCUAGAUGAGCUUGGUAAAGGCCGUGCUUCGUUUCGAAAAGAUUCUCGGAAACCGAGGCCAAGAAGUAGAGGCCGUUCCUUGCCAGAUGAAAAGCGGCCGCGCCGGGCUAUUACAAUGACUAGAUCAUCAUCACCGCUGCGCAAUCCUUUUUUUCCCGUGGCACUGCAGAUGCCGACCCCCCAGGCGCCUCCGACGCACCCACAGAGUCCUCGCUAUGAGAAUAUACGCCCGCGAAGCCUAAAUGUUGAGCACGAUGUACCUGUGAGCAGUCCACACUCGCCAAUAAACCCCGAAUCAAGCGAAUCAAUCCAGAAAGUCAUAAAUCUAUUGAGGGAAAUUAAUCGGAAACUUCCGCGGGAGGACACAACCCCUGCUUUCCAUGGCGGAAGCGUUAUUCGGAGACGGAAUCUUUCCCGUGAGAUUAGGACUACUGAUGACUGGGACGGAGAGAGUAUUCUGGAUAAUGUCCGCACCGGAAAGUACGUCCUUGCUUUUAUACCCGCGAAGUUUUUUUCGUCAUAAGACAUGUUGAA